AUGCCGCCGCUGACUUACAUACGCUUUCUGAUUCCGAAGUGGCCAUUGUUCAUGCUGGCAUCGGUCAUCUCCAUUCUACAGCUGGAAAAUAGCCCGGACCUCUCCAGCUAUGACACCAAAGACUUAUUCGAUUCUUACGACUACGUCAUAGUGGGCGCCGGCACAGCGGGGUGCGUGCUGGCGAACAGGCUGUCAGCUGAUCACCACAGGACAGUUCUUCUGAUUGAGGCCGGUGGUGUCGAGAAUGCGGCGACGGACAUACCACUGUUUGCGCUGUUGCACUUCCACGGGGAGUUCGACUGGGACUAUCGCACCGAACCACAGCAGCACGGCUGCUUAGGCAUGAAGGAACACAGGUGCGACUGGGCGCGCGGUAAGGCUCUCGGUGGCUCGAGCGUUACCAACUUUCAGCUGUACGUGCGUGGUAACAAGAGAGACUUUGACUAUUGGGAGCAGAGACAUGGCGCCAAGGGAUGGUCUUACAAAGACGUGCUUCCCCACUUCAAGAAGUUCGAGAGCUACAAGGUACCCAAUGCCAACAGCGAAUAUCGAGGUUUCAAUGGGGAGCUACCAGUAACCAUUCCUGUCACUAAAACAGAGCUUCAACCAGCUUUCUUGAAAGCUGGCGAAGAGUUAGGAUUCAAGGUUGUCGACUACAACGCCGAAGACCAGACUGGUUUCGCACCUAUGCAGGCUACCGUGUUCGAAGGUCGCCGCUGGAGCUCCGCUAAGAGCUUCAUCAGGCCAGUGUACAAGGAGAGAGCAAAAAACCUUCACAUAUCACUGCUGAGCAGAGCUACAAUGGUUGUGUUUGAUAACAAACGUGCCGUGGGCGUGAAGUUCAUCAAGGAUGGUAAAGAGAAAACAGUAAAGGCUAAGCGGGAGGUGAUUCUUUCCGGUGGUACAAUCGGAAGCACACAGCUUCUACUCCUGUCUGGUGUGGGCCCGAAAGAUGACCUCAACAAGUUGGGCAUUCACGUGGUGGCAGACCUGCCGGUGGGCCACAACCUCCAGGACCACGUCUUCAUUCUUGGCAUGGCGGCCACCACGACAAAGAAUGUGGUAGUGUGGCCACAAACUGUCACCGCAGCCACCGAGUACGCUGUUUUCAAAACUGGUCCGUUCUCUCUUCCGGCUGCAAUCGAGGCUACAGCCUUCAUGAACACGUCCUACGGGUCUAGGGAAUAUCCAGACUUCCAGCUGUACCUUCUCAGUGUAUCCGGUGCAAGUGUCGAAGGCGAGCGGUUCAUAACAGACCUCGGCGUUCGACAGGACAUAUACGAUGCGUACUUCAAGCCUAAGCGUGGAAGCAGCGCGUUUAAUAUCGGCAUAGUGAUGAACCGCUUGAAGAGCAGAGGGUACAUCAAGCUCCGAAGCAAAAACUACCACGAUACGCCCAUAUUGGAUCCCCGCUACUACUCACACCCCGAUGACCCGAAAAUGGCAGCUCAAGCAAUCAGCCAGAUCGUCAACUUGAUGAAGACCAAAGCACUCGCUGCGCUGGGAACCAAGCUGUGGGACGUGCCUUUGCCGCCAUGCAAGGCGCACUCAAUGUGGAGCAACGAGUACAAUGAAUGCAUGGCAAAGCAUCUCUCGCCAACAUCGUGGCAUCAGUGCUGCACGAAUCCCAUGGGAAAUGGCAACAACGCCGUCGUGGAUCCGAGGCUAAGGUAA